GGUUUGUCAUUUAUAUCUUUUUAAAAUUUCCGAUGAAAUGCUUUUGAAAUUCUCGCUAGCCGUCGUUCUUCUUCUUCUUCUUCAUCUCUCCCCCGCCUACUGACUUUAAUUUCAAAUUUAUCGAGCAGCUUGAACUCGGAGGCAGGUUUCAUCUUCGAUCACGAUGGAGAUGGAGGAAGGAGAAGGGAGUACAGAGGAGAAGUACGACGUAGACAUCGCGACCACCGCUUCUUCACUAGGCGGCUCCGGCGUCUUCCAUAUCAUCAAUGACAUUCUCGGUUUCGUCCUCUAUAUGUACCAGCAGAUCCCUUCGGUGUUGCAAGACAUGAGUCUUGACUUUGAUGGCUUGCAAACAGAGUUUACUGAUUUGGAGGCGAAUCUUACACAACCGGAUGUGAAGCCGCUGGUCAGGAGAAAACUAUUGAGUAGGAAAAGAGAGGUGAAGCAUGAGAUUAAGAAAAUGCAGAAACUGAUGACCACCAUCUCUACUCUCCGAAGCGCUCUACAGUUAUUGAUCCGUGAAGCUCCUGGCGUUCAGAGAGUUGUGUUGAUUCUUGGUGGUAGUCCAUUACGCCCUCAAAAAGCUUAUGAGUUGUUCUUCACACACAGUGUUGAUGUUUUGAGAUUUGAAGGUGAUUUUUCCAAAAACAAAGCUACAGAAGCUCUUUCCAAAAAGACUAUCCGAGCACUGAUCUCGACGGGUGCUGGAUCAACUUCAUGCCCAGGUCCAAUGAGGCUCUUUAUAUUGGUUCAAGCUCCACCUUCUUUGAAUCUUCCCCAACAUUUCCUUCCUAAACGUGACUUCAGAUACAACAGAAAGUUUGUGCCUCUAAAGCUGCGAUUCAAGUGCAAAACUCAAGAUAAUGAGACAAAUCCUCCGUUCAACUACGACACAAAUGAUCUAAUAUGGUUUCAGUGUCGACAUGUGAUAAAGGGCUUAGCUUUCCAGCAACCAGUUGACGAAUAAUAAGACUCUAGUUUUCGUUUCUGUCUAUUGCAACUACACUCUAUCACUUCCUCGUUACUUCUCUAAUUCAAUCUUUGAGAAUUCAUCUACUCUUUUAUGGGUCCACUCACACCUUACCAAACUUUCCUGUCACAUUUUAGAAGAAACAAAGGAUAUCUAGCCAUUGUGUAAUAUUGCAUACUCUAUUCCUUGAAAGUCAAAAACCUUUUCCGUAAA